AAGCCUUCAAUGCAACUUCAUCUACCAUAUUUUUUUUUUGACCUAAAAUGAUUGGUGUGUUUGGAUUAUUGGUUAUGGUGUGUAGUCACACACUCAGAAUUGAAGGGAAGUUCAUAGAAGAAUCCCACAUAGUCUUACCCACAGAGAGAGUAGAGAAAUUGACUCAUCUUCACUACUACUUCCAUGACAUCUUGGAUGGUGAACACCCAACAUCAAUAAAAAUCAUUGAUUCACCAAACCAUUCUCUUGGUGGAUUUGGAGUGACUUUCAUGGUGGAUAACCCUUUGACUGAAGGGCCAGAUUUGAGUUCAAAAGAGGUUGGAAGGGCUCAGGGAACUUAUGCUUUGGCUUCUCAGCAUGAUCUUGGAUUCAAGAUGGUGAUGAAUUUCUUCUUCAGUGAGGGUGCUUAUGAAGGGAGUAGUCUCUGCAUGCUUGGGAGAAAUGCUGUGUUGGAUGAGAUUAGAGAGAUGCCAAUUGUUGGAGGCAGUGGUGUUUUCAGGUUUGCUAGGGGCUAUGCACUUGCCAACACUGUUUGGUCUAAUUCUACUUCUGGAAAUGCUAUUGUUGAGUACCAUGUGUGGGUGUAUCAUCUCCAACAACAUGGAAUACAAUGACAAAAUUUCAUGUUCUGUGUUAAAGCUCUUGUAUUUAAUGAAGCCUUAUAGGCAAAUAAAAUCCUGUAUGAUUCUUUCAACUUUGCUUUCCAUGUUUAAGUAAAUGAAGCCUUGUAGUUGAUGAGAAGAUAAGAAAGGAAUUACUUAAAUAAUGGUGUUUUGAUUUGUGUAA